AUGUUCAUGGAAAAGCUACAAACUUUCCUUUUUGGAGUAGCGCUACUACACUACUCAUGCUUCCUUAAGUUGGCCAUAUCUUCACCUUCCAACUUCACUGAUCAGUCUGCUUUGCUUGCCAUUCAAUCUCAAAUCACUUUUGACCCCACCAAUACUGUCUUGGGUGGUGGUAGCUGGAUCACCAAAACAAGCUUCUGUAAUUGGUUUGGGGUCUCUUGCAGUAAACGCAGGCAAAGAGUCACAGCCUUGGACCUGUCCUAUAUGAAUCUCCAAGGCACCAUUUCCCCUCAUGUUGGCAAUCUCUCCUUCCUAAUCUCACUUGAUCUCCGCAAUAACAGCUUCCUGGGGUUCAUACCACAUGAAAUCAGCCGUUUGCAUCGCUUGAGGAUACUUGUACUUCAAGGUAACAAGUUGGAAGGAAACAUCCCUCCAACUUUACAGCUUUGCCACAAGCUCGAGUCCAUAUCCCUUUCAAUAAACAUAUUAAGUGGUCUCAUACCUAAAGAGUUGGGUUUCCUUCCCAGGGUUCGUAAAUUAUAUCUCGGUGCAAACAAUCUCACAGGUGAAAUUCCUUCGUCUCUGGGUAACAUUUCAACCUUACAAGAAUUAAGUCUGGUCGAAAAUGGUCUCACAGGUUCAUUCCCUUCUGCUCUACUCAACGUAUCUACUCUAGCUCUUAUUUCCCUAUCUGGCAAUUACAUGUCAGGUAGUCUUCCUGUAGAUCUUUGCCGUAAUUGGCCUAAUACUUAUUACAUUUCUCUAUCUGACAACAAAUUCGGUGGCCAACUGACUUUCGGAAUAAGCCAAUGUAGAGAGCUUGAGAUCUUAUCUCUGUCAUACAAUAAUUUCGUCGGAAGUAUUCCGGGAGAAAUUGGGAGUUUACAACAUCUUAAAACUCUAUUUCUUGGUGUCAAUAACCUAACUGGUGCUAUACCUCCAACAAUAGGUAACCUAUCAAACUUGCAGUUCUUUACUGUGCCAGAUAAUAAUUUAGAGGGAAGUAUUCCAAGUGAUUUGGGGCAUCUUUCUAAACUAAAUUAUCUCUCUUUUGCUCGGAAUAGCCUAACAGGUGAAAUACCUGAGUCCAUUUUCAAUAUCUCCUCCUUAAAUACUUUACAAGUACAAACUAAUGCUCUUUCUGGAGAAUUUCCUUCUCGAGCUAUGAUUUCUAACCUCAAUACCCUAUACUGUUAUACCAAUCACAUUACAGGAAAUCUACCAUCCUAUUUUUCAAAUUUAAGCCAGCUUGUUGAGCUUGAUGUUUCCAACAACUCACUUUAUGGACCAAUACCCAUGAACCUUGGUAGCUCAAAAUACCUCGAAUUCCUUAACUUGGGAGGAAAUCAGUUGUCAGGGGAACCUGGAGUUCCUGUACUUAGGUUCCUUUCUUCUAUAUUUAAUAGCAGUUCACUGAAACAUUUAUUUUUGAGUAGAAAUCCUCUAGACGGGAUCAUGCCCGAUUCAUUUGGAAAUUUCUCAUAUUCCCUCGAGAUAUUUUUUGCAACUGCCUGCCAGAUUAAGGGCCCUAUACCCAAGACGAUUCAGUUGUUGAAAAAUCUGACCUUCCUUGCCUUAAGUGACAACAAUAUUAGUGGGAAAAUACCGUCAUCAAUUGGAGCAUUGGAAAUGUUGCAGAGAUUGUAUCUUGAAAACAACAAGAUUGAAGGGCUCAUUCCUAAUGAGCUUUGUCUUUUGCGGAACCUGGGGGAUCUAUCACUAGGAAAUAAUCAAAUCUCUGGAUCAAUCCCAAAUUGCAUUGCAAAUCUCAGUCGCAUUCAAAGACUUCUUCUAAGUUCCAAUAGAUUGACAUCUGCAAUACCAGUGAAUUUAUGGAAUCUUAAAAAUCUUCUGUUCUUAAAUUUGUCAUCCAAUAUUUUCAGUGGAUACUUACCUCCAAGCAUGAAAAGGUCGGUUGCUGUUCAGAUGGUCGACUUAUCUGACAAUCAAGUUACUGGGAACAUUUCAAGCAUUGUCGGAGCCUUCCCAAGCAUAAACUCUCUAAGCUUAGCAAACAACUUGUUUAUAGGAUCUCUUCCGCAAACUUUGGGUGAUCUGAAAGGAUUGGAGUUUUUGGACCUAUCAAACAAUAAUCUGUCUGGGCCAAUUCCAAAGUCUCUUGAAACACUUAAAUAUCUGAACUACUUAAAUUUAUCUUUUAAUCAACUCUCUGGAGAGAUUCCUUCUAGUGGAGCUUUUAUCGACUUCACUGCCCUAUCAUUUUUGGAGAAUAGAGGCCUUUGUGGGAGACCGGAGUUUGGAGUCCCACCUUGCAUGGCUCUUGGAACUCAGAAGUCAAAGAUGGCAAAUCAUUUACUCAAGUAUGUUCUUCCAGGCAUUGCAUCAACAAUGAUCUUGAUAGCUCUCAUAUACAUGGUGACAAAGUGUCGAAAAAGAGAUGAAGGCAUUCCAAGUUCAGUACAAGCGUUAACAACAACAGAGCAUAGAAUGAUGUCAUAUCAUCAACUCCGUCGUGCUACAAAUGGCUUCUGUGAAAGCAACUUGCUUGGAGUUGGAAGUUUUGGCUCGGUAUACAAGGGGAUUUUAACAGAUGGGACAAUUGUUGCUGUUAAAGUUUUAAAUUUGCAAAUGGAGGGAGCCUUUAAAAGUUUUGAUGCAGAAUGUAAAGUUUGGCGGAGAAUUCGGCACAGAAAUCUUGUCAAGAUCAUGACUACAUGCUCUAACCAUGAGGUAAGAGCUUUGGUGCUGCAAUACAUGUCUAAUGGCAGCCUUGAGAAGUGGCUAUACUCUCACAACUAUUGUUUGACUCUUCUGCAAAGAGUGGCCAUGUUGAUCGACAUUGCACUGGCUUUGGACUAUCUCCAUCAUGGUCAAUCAGAAGGUGUGGUGCACUGUGAUUUGAAGCCUAGCAAUAUCCUUCUCGAUGAAGACAUGGUUGCACAUGUUGGAGACUUCGGGCUUGCAAAAAUUAUAGCAAUUAACAAAGAUGCAACACAGACUAGAACUCUCGGCACACUCGGCUACGUUGCACCAGAGUACGGUUCUGCAGGAGUGGUGUCCGCAAGAGGUGAUAUUUAUAGUUUUGGGAUAAUGUUGAUGGAAAUAAUUGUGAGAAAGAAACCCACAGAUGAAAUGUUUGCUGGAGAACUGACUUUGAGACAAUGGAUAAAUGCUUCGCUUCCUGACAGUGUUCUCGAAGUAGUGGAUGCUGGCCUAUUGAGCAUAGAAGAUGAAACUAGAGACAUGAAUGCCACAGUAAAAAUCAUUUUGUCAAUACUGGAAAUAGGUUUGGGAUGUUCUGAAGAAGUGGCUCAGGAAAGAAUCAACAUUAAGGAUGUAGUGCCCAAGCUCACGAAAAUAAAAUGUGCACUAGAAGAUAGAAAUGGCGGUGUUUAUUAUCCAUGA